ACUCAACACCAAGUACAAGAACACACACACACAUCCUUGUUUAAAAUACAAAGUGAGGACUGUGCCUUGACUUACAAUCAUUUUCAAGUGUUUCUUUGGCCUUACGCUAACCCUCUAUCUAACCUGUACCUAAACCUAAUUGACACGAUAGUCCUACACCUAACCCCUAAACAUUUUCUCACUUUACAUCAGUCUUCACUUUUAGCAAAAUGAGCAAAAAAAUUUCUUGCUCAGCUGCAAGUACAAGAACACACACACAUCCUUGUUUUAAUGAUUUACUGAGGAACAGGCCUUGUCUUCCACUGACAUCCAUUCAUUUUCACCUAUAGCCUAAUCAUGACCCUAAACCUAACCAUUUCCAGUACUUACCUAAUUCUAACCUAACCCUAAUUGACACUUUGGUCCUAAACCUAACCCCUGGCCAAUAGAAAAGUAUGGACUAAAAAAAGCCCUCACUUUACAUCAAUGAGUGUUUAUCACCUCUAUCGUAUCCAGCAUCUUCUGAUUAAUGUCCAAAGACUGAAUUUAUAGCUCGCUCCCUGCUCAUUUUUGUGUCUAGUCAGGUUUGGUGUAGUUAUUGUUUACCUGAUCUAUGUGUUCUCCAUUUUACUAGAGAUUUAUAAUUUCUUCACUUAACAUACUUAGUUGCCCUUAGGCCCUUGGUUUCUUCACAGCUGCUGCCUGUUUGUAGUCACUGACCUGCUUCCUAUCCAGUAAGCACUGUUCCUAAUUAAAAGUAGAGUGGACGAUAUUUCCGGAAAUGCUGGUAAGAAUAGCUCAAGACCAUCUUACAUGCUCCUCGGGGGGAUCGCGUGAAAACAAUCUCCCAGAUCCACUCUAGUCUCAUUUCUUUCUACCGAGGCCUUCCUCUUCUACUCAUAAACUUCAAAGUCAGUUUGGUUCUUGCGACUCUCAUCCAUUUCAAAGUACUGGGGAGAGCAGCCAAGCUACAAUGAACAGCUGAAACCGAAGCUAACCGGAUGCAUAAACACUAGAGGUGAGCACACGCAGCCACCAGGAGCGCGUCACAACGAUUGGCAUGUGGGACAACCAAUAGAUAAGGCGAUCCCCCCGGAAAGUCAAAGCCUAAAAAGAUCGUCCACUAUACCUUUAAGGUCCCUGUUUUCAUCCACUCAUUGACAGAUUAUUCUGUUAGCCUGAUUUUGUGUCCAAGCAUGAUGUUUUGACUAUUUUGCCUUUAUAGAUUCCACACAUUUCUGUAUGUUCGGAUUUUUUGACCUUUCAUUAAACGUCCCACUGCACUUGAUACGUUCAACCAUCGCCGUCCUGCACUUCUUUUCACCAAACAAUCACAACACUGAGAACCCUCAGUGUUUUAGGCCGUAUAUGCCUAUGGUGAUUCCAUAAAAACUUCUCUACACCAGAUACUGUUUUAAAGACUACCACAUCACUAAUAUGUUCACAACUGUUUAGAAGCCAGCAGUUUUUGUCCCCUGCUUUUUAAGUGCUUUGUUUGAUGGGUGGAGCUGUCUGAGACAACACACAGACACUAUACAUGCACAAAGGGUGGGGUCUUGUUAAUCAGAAGCUGCCCUGCCCUAAAGUAAAGUCGGAAUGCCAAUAUAGAAUACUCUAAACAGUUUAUUGUGAUAGCUGGAUGGAGAAAUAUCUUAACUAUUCCUCUGUCCUAUUUUACCACAAUUGUUUACAUGUGCAAAGUUUUUUAAGAAGUUUCCAUUUGCCUUUGUGCUGUCUAAAUUAUUUCUCUGUGAUACUAUCAAUCCCACUACAUCCACACUGCUGGGCAUUAUUUAAAUACAUGCUCAGUGUAUCUUGCAAAACUGACACCUUGCAGUUAUUCCAGAACUUUAUCUGCACUAGAGGGGGGAGGUAAUAAUCCCAACGGCCAACAGCUGCCAGCACGUAAAACAGAUAAUGUUGGAUUAACUAAAAAAAAAACAUCCCUGAGUGGAAGGGGUCAGAUUAGUGAUCACUUGAAAUGGGUAAUUAUUUGAACACUGUUUCACCACUGCUAGGGUUUUUAAGAGUGAGCAUCAGUUUACAUUACACCAACUUUAUAGAAGUGAUGAUGUGCAAAACGUUUGGGAAGGCAAAUACCGUGUCUGGCAGGUGUAGCCUGGAAGAAUGUAUUCAAAUGAAACAGUGGAAGGUGAUAAACUGCGAUGGGAACUAUGGUAACUGCCUGGCCCAGCCAGCAUCACUGCUUGCUCAGCUCAACUGGGCUCCAGUAGGAUUUCAUGGAUGCAUGUUCUAAAGUGAUGUGUGUUAAUUAUUUCAGCAACUGGCGUAAGAUAGAUAUGAUGUAUUUAAAAUUAUGUUUCACAAUUAUACAUUUUAAUACUUCAAGUGAAAUAAAACACCCUUUUGUUUGUACCAUCAACCACAAAUACACACAAAUCGUUUUGAUGUUUGGAUGUUUUUGGGGGUUUCUUAGGGGUUUCUGUGUCUCUGUUUUCUUCAUUUCCCUGUUGUUUAUGUUCUUUAGGGUGUUGCCUUACUGUUUUUUUUUUUUUUUGUGUGUUUGGUUUCUUAGUUUAUUUCCAUGUUCUGUUUAUUCAUUGAGUAUAAUUUUUCUGUUUGACCUGCUUGAUUUUCCCGUAGUUGUGUGGUUUCUUUGUAAACCUGCUCUGGUCCAUUCAUGUUAAUAGUCCCCUUUCCUCAGCCCCCCUGCUCUUCUCCAGCCCCAGCUGCUUCACACUAUCUCCUCAUUAACUCACCUGCAUUCGGUAUCAUUCCCCACUUGCCCCGUCGUAUAACUGCUCACCGGUUCUCAUAGUUCUUCUCAGGUCAUACUUUGUUUGACCACAGUUAUGAAUAUAUAAGUAUAUAAGUGUUCACACCCUCCUGGUAUCUCCUUGCGCAACUUUGUGAGGUUUUCUGUUUUAUUAUUUUUAAACCACCACGAUUCUCAUCCCAGGUUCCUCUCUGCACUGUGGUCCAACUCACGACCCACAAGUCAUGGCGCAAAUAGGAAUCAGUUUUGUUCUUCCGUACAAAACCUUGUAUUUUGUGAUGUCCUGCAGUGGAAAUCAUAAUGUCAUAUUUGUUUUUUGUUUAAAUUUAUUUUAUUUUUUAUCAGUAAACCUUUGUAGGUGAUCAUAAAUAAACUAGUAGUAAGCAGCUCUAAGCCCAGGCAGCGUGCAGCAGCAGCAGCUCUAAUGUGAUUGUUCUGCUGGGACAGCGCUCAGCAGCAGCAGCAGCGUGUUGCUGCUCCGGCACACUGCGCUGGGUGGGCCGGCUCUCUGAUUGGCUGAGCAGCGCGACGUGUACAUCAGUCAGCAACAGGUAGCGCACAUGUGGCAGUCACCUCUGCAGCGCGGUGCCGCUCCGCUGCUUCUCUCCGCUCUUUUAAAAACUUUAUGCUGUUUGUUGGUGAACGGAGGCUUUUUUCUAAAGACGCUCAGCGGACUUUUGAAGAAGUUGGGAGACCUUCUUUAUUAGAGACUGAGAGUUCAGAGGAAGCAGCAGGAUGAAGUCCAAAGGGAAGGCUGUGAGACCGUCCAGGAGGCCCUGGUCUGACCCGGAGCCGGAGAACGAACCGGACACAGAGCCUGGCUCCAGCGAGCAGGAAGGCUCUGAGGCCUCGGUCCGCAUCGGGGGCUCCUGGAGGGGCUCCCUGAGGAGUGGGGAGGGGAGACGCAGACAGGGAGGAGGAGCAGGUGGAGGAGGUGGGCGGCGGCGCAGGAUGCAUGGCUCCAGCACCAAGGAGCGCAGCAUCCGGAGGCUGGAGAGCAACGAGCGGGAGCGCCAGCGCAUGCACAAACUCAACAACGCUUUUCAGGCGCUGCGCGAAGCCAUCCCGCACGUGAAGACUGACAAGAAGCUGUCCAAGAUCGAGACUCUGACUCUGGCUAAGAACUACAUCAAAGCUUUGACCACCAUCAUUCUGGACAUGUCGGGGGCCUGCCUGCCCACUGAGGGGGACCCCUCAGAGGCCAGCGCUGCCAGGCUGCUGCAGUGCUACCAGCAGCACCUGGAGGAGGAGGGGGAGGAGGGGCUCACCCAGUACCUCACCCACAUGCAGAGCUUUGGCCAGGAAAGCUAACAGACUGGGACUGUGAAGCGGUUUGGGUACCAGGAGACACUCAGCUCAGUGGUGUGCCCCGUAACAACUGACUGCUCUUCCACAGCGCCUUGCAGUUUUCAUUCCUCAUGAACCUUUUUAUUAACCUUUUUUUCACAUUAGAACCCCAAAAUGUAUCGUCUUUCAUUGAGAUCUUAUGUGACAGACCAACACAACGCAGUGCAAGAUCGGAUGAAAAGCUUACCUGGUUUUCAGCAGCGUUUAAAAGUAGAAGGCUAAACACUUACUCUGAUACCCCCAAAUAAAUUCACAAAUGGCCUAAUUAGCAACAGUCCACCUGUGGAUAGUUUAUUCUCAGUAGAAAUCCAGCUUUUCAGUGAAAUCUCCUGAGGUUUGUUAGAGAACACUGUUGAAGAAACCACGGUCAGGGAUCCAUUCGUGGAGAGGUUUAAAGCAGAGUUAGGUAAUGAAACAAUAUAUCCCAAGGCCUGAACAUUUCACCCAGGUCUGGUGGGCAAUCCCUCAUGUGCAAAAGGGCGAAAUCUGGACAGAAAUCUAUCAUAAAAAGCCAUUGUUGAAAAAAAAAAACACAAGAAGUCCUGUCCUGUGGAAGAAAACCUAUUACACACUGCAAAAGCCCUGAAACGGGGGCGCAGGUUGACCUUGAGACAGGACAAUGACCGCAAACAGACAGAGCUGCAGUGGAGUGGUUUAGAUCAGGGUGCUGCAUAUUCAGCCGUUAGAAUGGAAGAGCCAGAGUCCGGACAUCAACCAAAUUUGCAUUCUAUGACAAGACUUGAAAACCGAUUUUCACAGAUGUGAAUCAUCUAGAGCUAAUUUGCAAAGAAAAAAUAAU